CUGGGAGCGGCAGCUGCUCGGCCUUGGAAACAUGGCGUCGCGUUGACAGCUGGGAGGCUGUUCGUUAUCUCUGCUGUAGCUGCUUCUGACACCGCGGCGGGGCUGUGAGCCGAGCCGGAGCCGCGCGCCUGCCCCGGGGAUUGGAGCCGCACACUCGGGCCCUGUGUCCUGACAACAAACGUGCGUCGCGGCAUAUUAACGGAUUUACUCCGGCUGUCACGCCCACUCUGCUCGGUAACGCUCUCGCGACACCGUACGCUAAUUGGGGACAGACAGCUAACUAGCGGUAGCAGCCGCUGCUAUCUUUACCCGAGCACCGUGAAGCCGCUGACGCUGACGACGCUGCUGCCGCCGCCUGCACACCGCCCGGAUCUCGUCUGUGAGCUCCGCGCCCUAUAAUCUCGCCGUCGCCACGCACUGAUAACGCAGAGACGGUUGACGGCUGCGGUGUUAUGUUAUGUUGUUGUAGCAGCGGCGGCUCGCUAGCAGACUAGCUUAGGGCGUUUCUGUCACUCCUUGUCCCUGAAUUUUUAAUGUGCGACCCCUUUGGCAUCAUCACUGCCGGAGGAGGAGAGAGCGAUGGGCUCCGGGGCUGUGGAUUCGUCCCAGUGGCUCUCGGUGAAGGAGGAAACGAUUUUCCUCCACGACGGACUCAUUCGGGUCACGGACCUGGCCGAGCUGCCCAGUGAGAUCGGGGUGUCGGAGCAGGGGGACACCGAGCAGGAGAUUCUCACAUUUGAGACAAAGAAUCCCGUCGAGCUAGCCGAGCGUCUGCGUGCCGUCUGCGGGAAUCAGAGCAAUGCGUAUGCACGUCUGCUGGAGUACCGGCUCAACGCCCUGCGUGGCCUGUGGGGGGCGCAGCGGCAGCUGGCCCUGGAGGAGCAGCAGGAGCGAGAGGGAACCGGAGGGGCCGACGAGGAGACCUUGGCCCUGCUCAAAAGACAAGGUCUGCUCCAGCAGCCCGAGCAGGCGCCGUUCACCUCGCGCGUGGGCCUGCUGCUGGUCUUCCCGCUCCUGCAGUCGCAGACGCGCAGCGACCCGGCGCUCUGCGGGGUCACGGCGGAGGUGCUGCUGGCCUGUCUGCGCGACUGCCAGCCGCUCAGCCUCAGCAAAGAGCCGGCAGACUGCCUCAACGGCCUGGAGGCGCUGCUCUGCUCCUGGCUGGAAGACGGCACCCAGGAGUCCAACCAGGCUCAGGUGCAGAUCCUCCACACACACAGGCAGAGGGAAAACGCCGCUGCUGCUCUCGUAGCACUCGCCUGUGCCAGGGGAUCUCUGAAGACCUUCAUCCACACAGUUCACCUGCUGCAGAAACAAACUGAUCUGGGACAGCUCCCCGUGUCAGAUGUCCUGUACAGACUGCUGCUCCUGGAAGGAGGCCCGGGCUCUCCGUCCUGCCUCCUGGGCGGCAAACACUGCGUGUCCUGGGGUUUUGAGGACAUGUUGCCCACGCCUGAUAAUUCUGCUGGAGCUGCAGAGAAUAAAGACACUGACCUGGGGCGCUGUCUCGCCACAGACGGCCUCUAUCUGUACACCACCAACUCCUCUGGGAGAGGACUCAGCAAGCUGGGCUCUGGUUUACACGGGACUCUGAGGGGUUUCGUUUACUGUCGAAAUGAAGAGUUGGAGCCCGGUUGGGUGGUUUUCAGCAGCGGUCGCCUCCUCCACCGUCCCUCCUCCUUCGAUGCCAAGCCUCAUCAGCUGUGCCAGGUCAUUGACCCCUUCACCCUCCAGGUGUGCCAGAUUGUGCCCAUGCCAGCCCAUCACUUCCCUGUGGGCAGCAGCAUGACCACGCUGCACCUCUGCUCAGAUGGAACCUACCUGUACUGGGUCUGGUCCCCGGCCAGUCUCAACGAGAAGACGCAGAAAGGCCACUCUGUCUUCAUGGAUGUUUUUCAUCUGACUACUCAGACGGGCUUGUGCGUCGCAGACAUCUUGCAGGAGAGAGUUAUUCUCACUCGCAAGGAAGGCGAGUCUUCCAAGUGCUUGAACGAGCUCCUCUUGAGUCGAAUGUCACGCUUCCGGGCCUCACACUCCGCCACAUUGGCCGCUCUCACCGGCUCCGCGAUCACCAACACGGUCAAAGAGGAACCGUCUGCUGUCAACACCAGCUGUGGACUCCCUCUAAAGACUCUGAGGAAGACCCCCAUGUAUGUGUGUGGGACGUACCUGGUGAUGCUGGUGUCACCUCCUGGUGUUUCGGGAAGUUCCGCCACUCGCUCCCUGUUCGGAGGAACCAGCAGCCUGUCGUCCCUCAAGAUUUUAGCCUCCAGUCUCGUGUUCAGCUUGGCUGAUGGUCAGUUCAGCAGCCGCGCAGACCUCAUCGAUGCUCCCGGGAGUUCUCUUGGCAGGGGAGCGCAGGUGGCAGGACUGGGAGCGUGUUACGACGCACUGAACAACUUGAUCUGGACCUGCUCCAGCGAUUACAUCGACCAGUGGUGCAACCCCGGGAACCAAGCCUUUCAUCACGUGUGCCAUAGGCUCGGUGUCAGCCAUGUCAUCAAAGAACCCAAAGAGGAAACAGUAGCCACUGGCGAGGUCAUCAACCAGCUGCUUCAUCACGUAGGUGCCAUGUGCAUCCACCAGCUCAACCUGCUGGCGGCCAGCAGCAACAGUCUGCCCCUGGGCGCGUUGCUGGGGAAACAGCAUCCCAUCGAGGCCCGUCACUUCAGCAGCAUCUGUGACAUUAUGGAGAAAGCGAUGGUCAACGGAGACACCUGCAUCAUCCGCUGCAUCCUGGUGGUUUUCCAGGUCGUGUUUAGGUUUUUCAAUCCUCAGUCAGAGCAGAACAGGGAGAGCGUGCGCCGCUCCGGCCUCCUGCUGUGGCAGCUCCUCAUGGCUCCGGUGGAUCAGAUAGGAGCAGAGAUUCAGAGGGAGGUGUGCAUGGCCAUCAGCUCUGGCUUGAAUACUCUGUAUCAGGGUGAGGCUGAACUCAACAAACUACUGAAACUUGUCCUAACUGAAGGUGAACGGAACACUGGCCUGUCCCAGCUUCGGGACGUCAUCCUCACUAACUUGGCAGAUCAGCUGCAAAAGAAUAGAUUUGGUAGUGAAGAAGACGACCACUACAGACUGAGUGAUGAGCUGCUGCAUUACAUCCUCAAAACUGUGGUCCGGGAAUCCUGCCUCCUCAUAACCAAAUGUCAGACUGUCGCCCGAGACGACUUCCAGAAGCUGCUCUCCACUGUACCAGUGGUCUCACCCAGUCUGCGCUACCUCAUGGCCGUUCAGAACCACCUCCUUAGUAACACCAUCCUAAUCCGCCCGGACGAUAACGAUGACAGUGACAGCUCCCUACAGGGGGAAACAAUGAAGGUACAGGAGCUGCAAAGCAGCAUCCUGUCACUAGCGACAAAGAUCCUGGUGGGAUGCGACGAAGUCCUGGAAACCCUUCAACAGGUGACCACAGCCCUGAUCAACGGCGACAUCCCCGACAGAGAGACACGGUUGAAAGGCCUGGAGCAGGUUACUAAGGCAACCAUGCUCGGGCACCUGCUGCCGGUGCUGCUCACCUCUCUGAUGCACCCCAACCUGCAGACGCUCACUCUGGCCGACGCCCUCAUGCCUCAGCUGGUGCAGCUGGUUCUCUACACCAGCCAGACUGCUCUGUUACUAAAGACUCAGUCUCCACUCUUCACCGAAGAGCCUCCACCUCUGAGUGGCGCUGCAGGACAGGGAGCAAAGUCAACGGACGACAAAAUCCUUGACGAGCGCGAGGAACCAGGUUUCCUGACAGGACUGAAGAUCCCAGCCCCAUGGGCUGCUGGGAAAACGGUGGAGACGGUGCAUCCUGUGAGGGACAAUUACAAGUUCAAGGAGACGGUGCACAUCCCAGGAGCCCGCUGCCUGUACCUGCGCUUCGAUUCCCGCUGCUCUUCACAGUACGACUACGACAAGUUGGUUAUUUACGCCGGCCCCAAUACGAACAGUCGUAAAGUAACAGAAUAUGGAGGGAACACUCUGGGAUAUGGCAGCCGCAGUGUCUUAGGGACAGGAUGGCCCAAAGACCUUGUCAAGGUUGAAGGAGACACUGUAACCUUUUCCUUCGAGAUGAGGAGCGGACGCGAACACAACACCCCCGACAAAGCCAUGUGGGGAUUUGCAUGCACUGUCAGAGCUCAGGAGUCAUCUGAGGACGUGUCUGGAGGCCUCCCCUUCCUGGCAGACCUGGCUCUGGGUCUGUCGGUGCUGGCCUGCUCGAUGCUCCGCAUCCUGUACAACGGGCCCGAGGUGACGAGAGAGGAGGAAGCCUGCCACGAUCUACUCUGCUCAAAGCUGCUGCAAAGGUGCCAGUGGCAGGUGGAAGCAAACGGCGCGAUCUCCCCCGCGCUCACGCCCAGCCCCUCACCUCUGCCGCUCACCAUAGAGGAGGACCGUGAGUUCAUCUACCCGUCCGACGUGCUCAUCCCUCCCCCGGGCCUCAUGCCGGGGAGCUACUUCGACUUGCCCCGUAUCCGCCUCCCUCCGGGCAUCAUGGGGAGACUGCGAGAGGUUUCUGGAAGAGCUCGACCACAGUUUCGCCCCAGCAUCAAGGAGGUGAUCAGGCCAGAUGUGAUGGAGGAGGUGAUCGUGUCCUGCGUGAUAAAACACCUGAACCUGGUGGACGCCCUUCAGUCCCUCGUCAACUACCAGUACCGCGAGGAACACGCGGAGGAGUACGACCUGGUCUGCAAGAUCAUGGCGGAGACCUUCAAGAAGAUCAACGCCAUGGAGCGUCAGCUGCAGAGUGUUGCAGAAUUGGAACAGAAGUGGCAGAAUGAGGUGGAGGAGGCUCAGCAGGGGAAGCUGGAGAACAACACUCCUUUCUUUCAUGACUACCACUUCUUUGAGAACAAAAUCAAAGAGCUGGAACUUCUCUGCUCCUUGAAGGAGAUUCCAAUCGAUUUCAGUGACUUGGAAAAUGUCGUCCUUGCAUUGAGGGAGAAGUUCUUUCAGGAGGUGAACAGCACGCACACGAGGAGCAGCACGCCGCUCGCCAAAACUAAGACCCUGGUGAAAAGUCUGAUGAACCGCACCGAGCUGCUGCUCCACGUGACCAUAGCACCACACUGCAGGAGCCUGACCACCACGCCUGCUGGAACACCAGGUCCAGCCUCUAAGUCGGUGUCCGAUGCCAAGACGAUGAUCCCGCUGGUGAAGCAGCCGGUCUUCCUGCGCAGCAUGUCCGCGCCGUCCGACUUGGAGAUGAUCGCAAAUCAAGAUUUGGAGUUCACGCACGCGGCGCAAAGGAGGCGGCACCACCCGACCAGUCAUCGCAGCAGCUCAUUCACUCUGCUGCAGUCUCUGACCAUCGAGGACAGUCGAGACAAGCCCACCUACAGCGUGCUGCUGGGACAACUCUUUGCCUUCAUCGGGACGACGCUCGAUCAAGCCGUGUCGAGCAGCAGUUUCCUGUCUGCCGCGCAGACCCGCUGGAGGCGAGGCAGCACACGGAAGCAGGCGCUGGUCCACAUGAGGGAGUUGCUCACUGCCGCGGUUAGAGUGGGCGGGGUGACGCACUUGGUGGGGCCAGUCACGAUGGUCCUGCAGGGUGGCCCGAGGAUUGAGGAGCUGACCUGUGGUGGAAUGGUCGAGCAGGUGCAGGAAGCCUUCGGGGAGACCAUGACCUCUGUCGUGUCACUGUGUGCUCGCUAUCCCAUCGCUUGUGCCAACAGUAUCGGCUUGCUUUGCACGAUCCCCUACACCAGGAGCGAGGAGCAGUGCCUGGUUCGCAGUGGCCUCGUUCAGCUCAUGGACAGUCUGUGCAGUCUGAGCGGUCAGAGGGAAUGCAGCUCUAAUGAGAAGCAGACCAAAAAGCAGAAGGUGGCCACGAUGGCCUGGGCAGCUUUCCAGGUGUUGGCAAACCGAUGCAUCGAGUGGGAGAAAGUGGAAGGUGGCUCUACAGACGCGGUGCACUCCGGUCUGGCCCGGCAGGUGUCCAGCCUGCUGACCAAUCACCUGGCCAGAGCCACCGAGUGCUGUGGCAAUCAGGCAGCGGGGAAUGACGCCUUACAGGAUGUCCUCAGUCUGCUCAAUGACCUCAGCAGGAGCCACAUAGGUAAAGCCAUCCUCAGUCAGCCGGCGUGCGUUUCAAAGCUCUUGUCUCUGCUGCUGGAUCAGCGUCCCUCGCCAAAGCUGGUCCUCAUCAUCCUGCAGCUGUGCAGAGCGGCUCUGCCUCUCAUGAGCGUGGAGGACUGUGGAAACGUGGCCCUGCCCUCGUGGAGCUACUCCAUCAACACGCUGGACGCCGAGCAACAAGACGCCACUGACCCCGCCUCGCGUAUCGCUUCCUUACUGUUGGCCAAACUAGCAGACUACGUCGUACCAGGCUGCCAGACACUGCUCUCCCCGAGCUCCUCUGAGCCGGACACCUGUCUGACCCGAGCUGGCUCCAAGGGGGCGCUAAAGUCUGACGAUAUCGGGGAGGAGGGAGAGGCUGUCGACGGCAAGCUGUCGAUCUUCAUCCACAAGAGAGAGGACCAGUCUUCUCAUGAGGUUCUACAACCACUGCUCAGCAGCAGCUCAGAGGGACGUCCCUUUCGACUGGGCACGGGAGCAAACAUGGAGAAGGUGGUGAAGAUGGACAGAGACAUGACGAAGAGUGGAAGCUGUGAGGUGAUCACAGAGGAGGCGUCUGCCGCCCUGAGGAAAGCCAACAAGUGGGCCCAGUCCGGUCUGAUCGUGAGCGUCGGUCCACCUGUGGAGACUCUGGCCCAGGAGGCCGCUGGAGGCAUCACCACUGGUGACAAGAAGAAGACGGCGCAGACUGCGGUGUGCCGUGACAGGAACGCUGACCUGGCCAGGUCGGACCCGGUCAGGCCGUUCAUCAGCGGCCAUGUUGCCAACAGUAUGGCCGCUGAGGUCAUCGCUCUGCUGCACAGUCUGCUCACCGCUCCCGAGUCCAACACUGCCCAGAUCUGGACCAGCACCGCUGAAAAGGUUCUGUCCCGGGCGCUGAUGUUCAUCCCUCAGCUGGGAAAGUACGCGGAGAGUAUUCUGGAAAACGGCAGCAGCAGCGGCAGGAAGCUGGCCAAACUGCAGGCCAUCGGCAGACAGGCGGUCGCUGCCCUCUGUGCCCUCGGAGGCUUCAAAGAAACCAUCAAGAUCGGCUCUGAGGUCCAGGUGGUGGGUAAAGGUGUGCUGGGCAGUGUGGGCGUGGUCAUGUCCAUCAAUGAGCAGGAGGGCAUCGCGACAGUCAAGUUUCCUUCCUGCGAGUACAGGAGAGCCUGUAAAGCCUCGGACAUCCUGACGGUGCCCAUUUCACGCCUCUGCACUCCCAGAUCUGAGGCUCUGCCUCUUUACAAGCUGUCCAUCACGGAGAAGGUGGUACAGGCCGUGCAGUCCAUGCUUCUGCCACAGGAGGGCAGUCUCUCCAUUCACACCUCUCUACCUGCGACAGGAGACGGGUCCAGCCCGGUCAUGGCUGCAGUUCGCUUGUUGGCUGAAAUCAGAACCAGAGCGUGUCUGGUGAUGGCUCAGCUCCUUGAAGACAGCUCCUUCUGUGAAGAGUUCAUUCAGCAGUGUCCUGCUGCCGUCGAGGUUCUCAACCUGGUUGCUCAGGAAUGCAGUCCUGGAGAGCGUCUCGGCAUGGUCGAGGCUCAGUGUGAGAGAGUGAGGAUGUUGUACCGGGACUGUGCUCGACCGCCGCCUCCACCACUGCAGACAGACAGACGCCAGCCUAAGGAGAUCACGUGGUGUCCGUCCAGAGUGUUCCCUCCGGUCCGUGCCUGCAUGUUCUCGUCCCGCCUGACGUCCGUCACCUUCCUGGCUGAUCCGAGUGCUGGAGGAGGUCUUCCCCGAGGCACGUUCAUCUACGCCACCUCCGCUGUGCCAAUCCAGGCACCGUCUUUUUACUGGGAGAUAGAAAUCGUCUCCUAUGGAGACACCGAAGAAGACAGCGGUCCCAUCGUGUCCUUUGGUUUUGCCACCGAGGCGGAGAAAAGAGACGGAGCGUGGACCAACCCUGUCGGCACCUGCCUGUUUCACAAUAACGGCAGGGCAGUGCAUUACAACGGCUCCAGUCUGCUGCAGUGGAAAAGUGUCCGGCUGGACGUGGCUCUACUUCCCGGUGACGUUGCUGGAAUAGGUUGGGAGCGUUCUGAGGGAACUCCUCCGCCGCCCGGUCAGGCCCCAAAGGGCAGGGUCUACUUUACUUACUGUGGUCAGCGGCUCGGUCCCAUUCUGGAGGACGUCGCUGGUGGAAUGUGGCCCCUGGUGCACAUUCAAAAGAAGAACUCAAAGAUUCGCGCCAACUUUGGGAACCGACCUUUUGCGUACGCGGAGGGCCAAGCUCACAGAAACGCCGCUGACCUGUGCAUUGACCUUGCGGAGGAAAUCAGUGCUAAUUUUGAAGCACUGCCCUUUGCUAUGGCGUCGGACAGCGACAACGACGCGGGCGCGAGUGUGACGUCGGACUCCGGCUCCCACGGGCCCCCGUGUCGCAUCGCCGCAGUUGCUGUUGCCCAGCAACAGUACAACAGUGACCUGUCGUGCCAUUAUAAGGUGGAGCUGAGCUACGAGAACUUCGUCACCUCUGGGCCCGACGCUCAUCCUCCGCCCAUCGCUGACGAUGAGAGUGACGACGAGGAUGAUGACGAUGUGCCGAGGGAGGACCACUACGCCCUGCUGGUCAAGGCCUGGGAGACUAAAGUGUUCCCUACCAUCCGUAGAAGGUUCCGUAACGAGGCUGAGAGGAAAUCUGGCCUGGACCAAAUCAAAGGAGCUCUGCAGCUUGGAAUGGUGGACAUCGCGAGACAGACGGUGGAGUUCCUGUACGAAGAGAACGGUGGCAUUCCCCGAGACCUUUACCUCCCGACCAUCGAGGAUAUCAAGGACGAGGCCAACAAGUUCACCAUAGACAAAGUCCGCAAAGGUUUGACGGUGGUGAUCCGCUGCCCUGACAGCAACAACACCAACAGCACGACAGGGGGAACGGCUCUGCCCAAGUUCGCCAUCCGGGGCAUGUUGAAGACGUUUGGUUUGCACGGAGUGGUGCUGGAUGUUGACUCUGUGAAUGAACUUGUGCAGGUGGAGACGUACCUGCGCAGCGAGGGCGUGCUGGUGAGAUACUGGUAUCCCAUAGAGAUGCUGGAGCGCCCCCCUGCUGGGUCUCGACGCACCGCAGCGAACGGCUUAGUCUCGCUGGACAGCAGUAACAUCCAGAUUCACAGGGAACUGCUUCGCUGUGAGAGUGCGCUGGCUCGGUUGUACUGCCGCAUGGCCUUGCUCAACAUCUUUGCCCCCAAGAGUCCGCACACCUUCACUCGUCUCUUCCACAUACCUGCUGUGCGGGACAUCACCCUGGAGCACCUGCAGCUUCUGUCCAAUCAGCUGCUGGCCCCGCCCCUUCCUGAUGGCACUAUUAGUUCUAGUUCUAUCCUGCUGGCUCAGUCACUGCUUCAUAACCUCCAGGGCCAAAGCUGCUCCCCCACAGACCUGUUCUACCAGGGCAAUGCUCAGCCCAUCAGGGAAUGGUUGACCGUCGCCAUCACCCGUGCCUUGCAUCAAGGAGAGGAAAGUUUACUCGAGCUCACCAAGCAAAUCUGCUGUUUCCUGCAGAAUGCACCGGAGCAGUUUACGUCUGAGGAGUUUCCCGUCACGGAGUCAAAGGUGAGCAUGGACGUCAGCUUUCCCGGCGCCGCGUUCGUGAUCGUGUCCUGCAAGGAGGGUCAGCUCGGCUGCCGCAAAGACUCCAGCCUGUACAAGGCUCCCUGGGCUCGAGUCAUGGUUUACGGUCUGGGUCACAAAGUUCGUAGGAACGGGCAGCUGAAUCUGAUGGAGGCUGUGUGUUACCCUCUGGAUGCUUCUCCCACCAACACAGGCCUUACCCCGCCUCCCACCACCAAUCAAUAUCCUUCUGUGAUCAUACCCACUGAUAAAGUUCACAUCAAACUGGGGGUGUCGCCCCCUCCUGGUGCUGUGCUGGUGCUGCAUUCCUUGCCGCUCGAGUAUCCUCUGGCCAUGGCGUUUGCUGAGCAGCUGCUGACGUGGAAGCUGGGCGACGCCAGUGAGCGGACGGAGGACGAGCUGGACACCGUGCCCUCGUCUGUGCUGCUGCAGGUCGUUGAACUACUAGGUGGUUUGCUGUGGUCCACUGACUUGGCUCCCUCCAUCAAAGAACUCACCUUUCACUUGUUGGCGGAGGUUUUGCGGAAGAUUCACCACCUGGAGCAGCGCAAGAGUCCGGCAGGCCUCUCCAGCUCCAUCGCUCUGCUGCUGAACCCCUGCCUCGCGGUGCUCAUGGCCCUGCAAACGGAACUGCGCAAACUCUACGACCGGGAGACUCAGGGAUGGACGGCGGGAGGAGCCGGAGGAGGCGGUUCAUCUUCGGGAGGCAUCGCUUUGGCUCUGGGGGCCGAGCAGAGUCGCUUUUCCACCUACUUCCACGCUCUGAUGGAGGCGUGUCUCGCCGUGGCUGAGGUGACGCUUCCUCUCAACGUCAGCGGCACCUCGGUGGGAGCGCUGUCCUCCACCAGCGCCCCCAACCUCAGCGACUCCUCCUCCUCCUCGUCAUCGUCCCCAGGCCAGACGCCGCAGAGCCCCAGUCUGCUGUCCAAGCGCAAGAAGGUGAAGAUGAAGCGGGAGAGAGCGGCAGCCGCGGUUGCGGCGGCGGUCUCUGGGAAACGGGGAAGUGUCGGCGGUGGCGCGCGGCUGUCGGAGAGCGACAGCGCCCUCCUGAACAUGGCGGGCAGUAAACCUGAGGACAUGCUCUGGUUCCACCGCUGCCUCACUCUCCUCAUGAUCCUGCGUCACCUCGCAAACAAGGACCCGCAGGGUUUGAGUGUGACCAGUGAUGCAGUGACAGACGCCUGCCAGGCUCUGGUGGGUCCCACCGCCCACAGUCGCCUGCUGGUGCUCUCAGGUAUCCCCACGCAUCUGGAGGAGAGCGUCGUCCGGAACGCCAUCCGCAGGGCCUGCAACGGCCACGGAGGGCUAUUCAAAGAUGAGAUCUUCAUCCCUCUGCAGGAAGAGGACCCGAAGAAGCCCAAAGCUGGAGCUGGGGUUUCUAGCCCUCAGGAUGGAAAAGCGGGGCCUGAACCUGAGCGUCCUUUCCCCAACAACGGAGGUCCCGAGAGUCCCGACAGUUCCAGCAGCGUGACUCCAGCUCUGAGCGUGAGUGCUUCCGCGUCGACUAGCCAGACCUCCAUCUGCAGCUCCUCUCAGGGAGUCUCCCGCACUGCCAGCGAACUCUCAGUCGAUCAGGAGAUGUUGGCCGUCCCUCCCAUCGCUCCUGCUGCCGCGGGCUCGGCCGUCGCUUCCCCGCAGCAGGGUCCCCAAGACCCGCAGACUGUGUCUAGUCAGGAGAGUCUGGACACGUCCCUGUGUAGCACAGGAAGCCUGGGGAGUCUUGGCAGCUUGGGGGAGCCUCUGGACAGUGCAGAUACGCCGUCCGUGUCAGACGGGGGCUCUGUGCACACAGUCACCUCAUUGGACAGCAACGCAGUUAUGGCAAGACCCAUCAAGGGCUACGCCGUCAUUGAGGUUCGUUCUCGGGCCAAAGUGGAAAAGAUCCGCGCUAGUCUCUUCAACAGCAGCGAUCUGAUUGGUCUGUCCAGUCUGGAAGGUGAAGAGGAGCUAAUGGAGUUGACCAAUGAGGAGAUCCUCACGGCCUCCAGUGUAAACCAAAGCCUGUUUGACACGCAGGGAAGCUCCGCCCUUGAAGACUACUUCCUGGACAAAUCAGUCAGAAGUGACAAACUCGUGCCUGGAGCGCGAGACGUGCUCACGGACAUCUUUAAGAGCUGCGUGCACUCGGAACAGAUGCUGAGUCUCACGCCAGCGAAGCCGGUGAAAGUGUCGGACAUUUACCUCAGCAAAGAGCAGAUCAACUCGCAGACGCCGGGGAACCUCCUGCAUACGUUCUUCACCAAUGUUCGACCUCCCAAGAAAGUGCUCGAAGACCAACUUACCCAGAUUCUGAGGAAGUACGGUACACCCAAGCCCAAUAAGAACAAGUACAGCAAGGCCGGCAAAGAGCAGCAUCAAGGCAAAGUAGUGAGCACCAAGAGGCCCAUCACCAAACCUGUCACCAAGGAAAAGUCUGUGCUCAACAGUGUCAGGACGGCGCUGAGUGAGAAGAAGACGGUCCUGAAACCUAAAUCUCCAGAGAAAUCCAGACCUGAUGAGAAAGACGUGGAAAAAUCUCCGGCUAAGAAAACCGAAGUCCCAGAGGAGAAGUUCCUGACGCUGGAAGGUUUCCAUAAAUUUGCCAUUGACCGUGCGAAACAGGACAUCCGCAGCGUCUGGAGGGCAAUCUUAGCCUGUGGCUUUGACCUCCACUUUGACAGAUGCACCUGUAUCGACACACGUCACGCUCAGAAGGCUUCCAGGAAGUGGGGUUUGGAAAUGGACGUGGCUUUGGUCCAGUACAUCAACAGGCUGUGUCGUCACCUGGCCAUCACGCCGGCCAGACUCCACCCCCACGAAGUUUACCUGGACCCCAGUGACGCUGCCGAUCCUCGCGUGGCCUGUCUGCUCAAUGUGCCGGCCGAGAGUCUCCGUCUGCGCUUUGCUCUCCUGCAGUCGCUCAACAACACUCUGGAGAGUUUCUUCCUGCCGCUCGUCGAGCUCAGACAAACUCACACCUAUGAGAACAGCAUCGCAGCGCUGCUGUGCGAGGCCAAAGGUCUAAUCUUCUACGACACUAAGGUGACCGUGAUGAACAGAGUCCUGAACGCCACAGUGCAGCGCACAGCCGACCACGCCGCUCCAGAGAUUACACUGGACCCUCUGGAGAUUGUAGGAGGUGAGAUCAGAUCAUCUGAGAACACGUACUUCUGCCAGGCGGCGCGACAGCUGUCCUGCGUGCCGUCGUCGCAGCUCUGUGUGAAGCUGGCGAGCGGAGGAGACCCCACCUACGCCUUCAACAUCCGCUUCACUGGAGAGGAAGUUCACGGCACAAGUGGUUCCUUCAGACACUUCCUAUGGCAGGUGUGUAAGGAGUUACAGAGCUCUGUUCUCUCACUGCUGCUCCCCUGCCCCAGUGCUGCAGCCAACCGUAACAAGGGGAAGUACAUCCUGACCCCGUGUCCUAUCAGCUAUGCAGAGGAGCAGUUGUUGCACUUCUUCGGGCAGCUCCUGGGCAUCGCCAUCCGUGCCGACGUGCCUCUCCCGCUGGACCUUUUAGGAUCGUUCUGGAAAGGUCUGGCCGGCGAGGCCCUGGACCCGGAGCAGGACCUGCAGGAGGCUGACGUCCUCACGCACAACUACAUCAAAAAGUUUGAUAAUGUGGCUGAUGAGGCGGAGCUGGAGGCUCUGUGUGCCGAGAUCUGCUCCCAGCAUCACUCAGGAGAGAGUCCAGACUCUCCCAGCCGCCCCAGCUGCACCUUCACCUACACCACCAUGACCGGCGAGGAGGUGGAGCUCUGUCAGGGAGGACGCGGCCUCACCGUCGGCUGGGAGAACAAGGACGUGUACGCGCGGGCGGUGCGGAGCCUUCGUCUCAGGGAGCUGCAGAACGUGGAGUGUAUGGCGGCGGUGCGAGCGGGGCUGGCCUCCAUCAUUCCCCUGCAGCUGCUCACCAUGCUCAGCCCCCUGGAGAUGGAGCUUCGCACGUGCGGCUUGCCUUACAUCAACCUGGAGUUCCUCAAGGCUCACACCAUGUAUCAGGUGGGUCUGAUGGAGACGGACCAGCACAUUGAGUUCUUCUGGACCGCACUGGAGAUGUUCACUCAGGAGGAACUCUGCAAGUUCAUCAAGUUCGCGUGCAACCAGGAGCGGAUCCCGUUCACCUGCCCGUGCAAGGACGGCGGGCCCGACACUGCCCACGUUCCCCCAUACCCCAUGAAGAUAGCGCCCCCUGAUGGAGCUGCAGGUCAGCCGGACUCGCGCUACAUUCGCGUGGAAACCUGUAUGUUCAUGGUGAAACUGCCGCAGUACACCUCACUGGACGUGAUGUUGGAGAAGCUGCGAUACGCCAUCCACUACCGCGAGGAUCCUCUCAGCGGCUAAUACCACUGUUUUUCGACAACUGCAAUGUCCC